AUGAAUAACGAGCACUUGAAUCCAACUCAAGACCCCCAGCCUACGCGUAGACGCUACACGCGUGCUUUAAGCUUGGGCUCAAGCUUGGGCUCUGCCAACAGCAGCGACAGACGUAGCAAUGUCCUUGGUAUUCACUUUAGUCCUCAAGUCGAUGAUGAUGACAUUCCUACCGAGGUCGCCCAAUCAAAUCCACAGAAACGUUCAGGCAGCCCCAUUAAAGGUCCACGCCCACCUCCUUCGGCCUCAUCUGCAGCUGGCCUGCGCGAUUCCAAGGAUCUCGAUGGACAAAGCGUUAACAAUUCUCGCUCUAAUUCCCCUUCUAAGACAGUGAGAAUCAUUUCUCCACAAUCAGAGGCGUUACUGUCUUUCCAUGAACAAAACCCAAACAAGCACCAAGAACAUGUUCAAAAGCGGAAUGAGUUUGAAAAAGCGGAAGCUAUUGUCAUGGAAAGGGGAGAGUCACACAACAGUGAAGCAAGUAAUGACCUCGAUCUUGUCAAUCGCAAGCUACAACGAAUGGGGAUAUACAAACACUCCAACUCUUCAUCUGGUACACCUCAUUUAGAGCAUUCACCAAAGAAUGCUUUGCGCGUAACCAAUCCAUCUGCUUCAACAACAUCCCUUGACACGACCGUCCAGAAAAAUCUAAAGCAGGAAAAGAAGGACGAGGAAUUGAUUGAUAAGGCGGAUGAAAACAGUGAAGGUAAAGAAGAGAAUAAAAAUGCACAUGUUCCACUUGUGCAUCAACAAGAGCAUGUCAAAUCUGAUAACAAGUCCGAGUACUCUCACAAGUCGCGUAAAUCUGAAUUUUCAAACAAGUCCGAUCACACGCACAAGACAGAGCACUCACAAAAGUCACACACCACUGACCAGAGCGGACUUCCGCCGAGAACAUCUUCGAAAGUCGCUGUCGAUGAAAGUGAACAAGCUCCUGAGCGAGUGGGCAAAGGACCAACAGACAGAGAUCAGAUUCCAGUCAGAAAGCGUUCACAGACCAUGCCACACAACCCUCACAAUCAACCACAAGCUUCCGUGAUGAGUAUCUCGCAGACAAUCCAACCUGAGAUUAAAGACAAGCAACCUGAAAAAUUUAAAAGAUCUGUAUCAGCGCAACAGGCAGUUAUGUCACCAUCUAGAAAAAACACAUCAUCGACAAUAUCGCCAGAAAAUGCAUCAAUGUUGAAGUACGCCCACUUAGACUUCUUGUCGAAGCCACCGUCGUCCACUGAAUUCCCAUAUGCACCGAAGGUUAACGUCAGAUCAGGCUCGAAUUUUUCUUUGAACGCUAGCUCAAUAGGAUCAAAUGGCGUAGACAUUAGGUCGUCAAGAGGUAUGAAAGGCCUUGCACAUGCAGAGAGAGGCGGUGGCGCCGUUAAAUUUGACUUGCAGAAGGGUGGUUUUGUCACACCGUCAAACUCGUCUUGCUCCACAACUACUGGUGCCGUCGAUCCACCGGCUUCCGCGAGAUUGGACGCUGCACCGGUCUCGAACAAAGUUGUUGCUCAACAUAGCAAGAAAAUUCAAAAGGCACGAUCACAAGGUGAUUUGCUUAGACAAACCACCCUACUAAAUACCUCUACUUCACCUGCUAGGACCGCCAGGGAAUUGAGAGCUGUUCUCUCAGGAAGCAAAUUUAGCAGUAGUUCACACCAAAUCAAUCUGGAACAGUCGCGCACUAGAUCUAGAGCUGUGGUCGAUCUUGUUCUUGAUAGUGAAGCCGUAGUCGAAGGUGGUGUCCUUGGAGGUCGCAUGGAUGUUAAAUUGGCAAAUGACAAAGUUUGGUGGGGUAAUGGCAAGGUUCGAGUUGUUGGAUUCGAAGAUCUUCACGCCGACGAAACACGCCAUGUCUUCUUCCACCAUGACGCUCCUGUCGAUUUUUAUCCUCCACCUGGAUACGGCCUGCCAGACGAUGAAGGUUACUACCGCGGAGUUAGUACAAAGAGAGGUAGAAGCAAAGAAAACAGAUUAUCUCUUCCAUUCAAAAUCAAAUUGCCGAUCGGAGGUGGUGCAAAGGGCCCCUUGAAAUCAAAACCUGGUUUCAUCAGAUAUAUUGUGAUUGGCUCUAUUCAUCUCAAAAACAGCACAUCUAGCGACCGUUCUAUCGCUCAUUUCUACAGAUAUGUAACCAUCUACCCUCUCCUUUCUCCAUCAAGCGUCUUGGCGCCCGCACCAGUUCCAAUAAUGCAAACAGCGUCCAAGCCAUUGUUCCUUGGAGGUAAAGGUCCAAUAAAUCUCACAGCUAGUGUCCAUCGUCCACACUGGGUUGCUGGUCAGCGUUGCUACGUCAUGAUUACGAUUGAUAACAACAGCAGCAAGAGGAUCAAAUCAGUCAGUUUGUCCCUCAAUAGGACAAUUGUUGCGUACAAACCUCGACCAUACGCAUCUCUCAUGGUGGGAGAUGAUUUGGAUGCAUGUCAAACGACAACAAAUACGAAAAGAAUUGCUGAGGAAAAGCUUGAAAUCGGUUCAAAGGGAACGUCUGGUCACGUUACUGCUAAGGGAUGGUUUAGAGGUGUCGAUUCUGGUGAACAAUUAGAGUUCUCUUCAUCAUUGCAGGUUCCUUCUGAUGCACUUACCAUUCCUCGUACUCGCUUACUUGAGGUACACUACACCCUCAGAGUCGGAGUAGCAGGUUCAUUGUCUAAAGGAGACGUAUCAGUUGAGCUUCCAGUCAGGUUCAUCAACUUUUUGUCUAUUGAUCCGCCUCCAUCUGCACACCCACCUACACCAAUGCCAAUGACCACCACAUCAAACAUGACACCUACUGAUGCAGAGCUUAUCAAAUCAGCAGCACUCGAGCGUCACAAGCAAGACAUUGAGAGGGUAAAGUCCCCAUCUGACGAUGUCAAGACGGUAGAUGCUCUGAGAAACACAGCUAAGAUAUCUCCACCUGCUUUACACGCCCAACCUUCCGUGAAAGCACAAACCGGCAACACGAUCUUCAGCGAAGCAGGUCCAAGAAUCUCACAAAUGGAUGUAAUCGAUGAAGCCUUGUUCAAUGCCUCAGUGUCUCGCCGAGGGAAGACUGGUAAGCCACCAUCACCACUACCCUUAGAUGAGAUCGACACCACUGCUGAGCAAGAUCAAUCUUCAAACACUCAUGAGGACACCACUGAAUCUUCAAACAUUCACGAGGACACUAUCGAAUCUUCAAACGUUCACGAAGACACUUCUGCCAUUGAAGACAGCACAGUCGUGGAAACCACUCAAGAAAUGACUGAAGAUUCUCAUACUGACGCUGACGCUUUGGCUGAAGUUGAUGAUAGCGGCUCCGAGAUCAGCUUUGACGAUCAGAAUGACAUCAGUGAGCCUGCCGUCAAAGCCCACGAUGCUGAGGAUAAGGAGGAAAUGUCACGCCCUACUUCACGUCCUUCCUCACGUCCCUCACUUGCUGAGAGUAGAAGAGAAACUCUUCUCAAUGCCAUCAAGGAUGAUCAUGAGGAAAGCGAUAUAGCAUCUAUUGAUCAAAAUCCGGCUGACUCAAACGAUGGCCACGAUGAGGUAGUAGAAGAAACCCCAAGACUUGAUAUACACAGUCCCGGUGGUGACUUCCAUGAUGCUCGGGACUUUGAGAUGGGUGAAGAGGAUUACAAUGACAAAGUUGACGCUGAAGCUGUGGAGAUUCUUCCAAACACUAAUCGUCAAGAGCCAUUGCGGGAGGAGGGGCCUCAGCUUGAAGAGACUGAGCAAGUCGCGCAUCUAGCUGAGCGCGAAGCUGAGGCUGAUCACGAAUCAGAGUUGAAUCGCGACUACAGUCAUUCAUCUGAGGCCGAGAACAACGAUGCCGCGGAGGAUUUGCCUGUCCCUGUUCCUGAGGAGGAAGACCCUUACCUAGUUGAGGAGCAGGAGGAAGAUGAAGAUCACCUCCACAACCUCCACUCUGUCGGCAUACCACAAAUGGCUCAAGAUCCUCUUGAUCGCUCACAAACACAAUCACGAGCAUCACACUUGUCUGGUGGCGAUGUUUUAGCAUCACUAGCAUAUCUAAACUCACCUGUAAAUGAUGUGGACUCAGAGCGCGAGUCAACAGUACAGCAAAAUGGUAGACGUCCCUUGCCAGUAUCACCCGGCUCAAAUAAAGGCAAGCUCAGUGCUCAUGAACAAGUAAACGGCAGUCCAUCAGGACGCAGCGCUCAGCCAUCGCCUGUUGGUAGGAUCCAGGAUGGUCAAGCUAAGCGUAAAUCUGAGGAUCCUUUCUCACCAACUUUCAUGGAGCAACACGAAGAGAAAGAACUUCCAUUGUCUCCAUCGAACAAAGUUGCUAACUCACCAUCUUUCUGGUCACCCGCAUCCAAGGCAGCUGCUGCAAUGCCACAGCUCCAUCCGAUGAGAACAGAUGAGAUGAGUAAACAACACAUUGAAGAGGAAGUCGAACUGGAAACUCCAACGAAGAUAUUGAAUACAUCUCAAAACGAAUACUCUUUUGAUACGUUUAAGAGAUAUGCAGCUGCAAACUCAUUACCAUCACCAUCGGCAGAGUCUGACAAGAGUCAACAAAUCUCAGUUAAAGGACGCGUUGCUCAAUUUGAACAGAACGGAGGUUCAUCUAACAGAUCAAGCGCGAACCUCGAGCCUUCCAACUUGAUCAAGGAAAAAGCUGUUAAAAGGCAACUGAGCGCGCUCAGCAAGAGGUCAAGCGAGAGUUUAAGACCACAAUCACAAAAUGGCGAGAACUUUGCUGGCGCCUCUAUGGAUAUAUUUGACAGAUGGAACGAAAAUAAUCAAGUAAUCUAA